AUGUUAAUGUCCACAGUAGUCGUUAUCGUUCUUUUCUCUUUUAACGGUAUUUUGCAGGCUGCAAAAUGUCCGAAUAUUGCUACCGUAUCUGGAUUUAAUGCGAACAGAUAUGCAGGUGUAUGGUAUGAAGUAUAUCGAAAUACUAUUUUAUUUGAACUUGGUGCUAAAUGUGUCAAUGCAACUUAUACAGUACAAGAUGAUGGAUCAAUUGGAGUAUUCAAUCAAGCUAUCAACUCGUUCGGUUAUUAUACUAGUAUAAAUGGAACAGCUAAAGUAAAAAAUUCUGCACAACCCGGUUCAUUAGUUGUUAAUUUCAAUAGUCCAACAAAUAUUCUUAUGAAUAAAGUAUUUUCAAGAUAUGGAUUACCAAAACACAUCGUGUUGAACAACGGUCCUCAAUUGGUAUCAAAUUUAUUCAAAAAUUUUUGUGAUAAACUAGGCAUUAAACAAAAUUUAACAGCAAAUUACCACCCACAAAGCAAUAUGACAGAACGUGUGAAUAGAACAUUAAAGCCGCUAAUUGCCAUAUACGCUCAACAACAUCAUAGUUCAUGGGACAUUGAAAUUCAAAAAUUAGCCUUUGCAAUUCGGACAGCAAUCAACGAAACAACAGGUGAAACACCAGCCUUUCUGAUGUUCGGUCGUGACCCCAGAGAUCCACUCGAUCUAUUAAUCGGUGAAACAAUAGAAGAAUCCAGCUCAAUGGUAGUGAAUCAUGAAUCAAUUCAAGAAUAUAAAAACAAAUUGAUCAAUAAUUUUCGAAGUGCAUUUAACGUUAUUAGAGAACACUCAGAAAUAGAAAAAAUAAGGCAAAAAGAAAAAUAUGACCAACACACUACCCAAAAACAACACAAAGAAGGUGAUUUAGUAUGGAUCGCGAAUCUCAAACCACAAAUUGGAGAAAAUUGUAUGGUGGGAAAAUUACAACCACAUUACGAAGGCCCAUACCGUUUGAUCAAAUAA